CAUUUACAACUGAAUACUGAUAAAAAGAAACUUUAAUAGUCAUUUUUAAACUACUGGAACCUAGAAUAUUGUCAUAAUAUCAUGAAAUCUUUCACAACUGCGCAUUUGGAGUGCCUGUUUCAAGCUCUACCCACUCAUUUCUCCUUUAUGUUUCUCAGUGCGCAUGACAUCAUCGCUCUUUCUGCAAGGACGCGCACCCAAAAACACGCAGUGAUGAUGAACCUAUAGCGUUUUAUUUUCUUGUUACAGCAUGUUUUAAACAUCAGCACCCGGUGUCCGAGCUCAUAAGGUAACUGAUAAACAUGGAGAAAGGGAACCAAGGCGUUUCUCAUUUUGAUCAAUUUCUUCAAACUCAAGAAUCAUCGGUGGUUAACAAGUUUCAGCAGAAAUACUGGAAAACCAAGCAAACAUUGAUUAAAGUCACAGGAAAGAAGGAGGAUGAACAUGUCGUUGCUUCCGAUGCUGAUCUGGACGCUAAACUGGAGGUGUUUCAUUCAGUACAGAGAACGUGCAUGGAACUCCUUAAGGUGAUCGAACAGUAUCAAAGGAGAAUCAGCCUUUUGUCCCAGGAAGAGAAUGAACUGGGUCGGUUCCUGCGUUCACAGGGCUCUCAGGACAAAAGUCGUGCUGGAAAGAUCAUGCAAGCAACUGGGAAAGCUCUCUGCUUCUCUUCACAGCAAAGGUUGGCGCUGCGAGGUCCGCUGGGCCGUCUGUACCAGGAGGUGGAGACGUUUCGUUACCGAGCCAUUUCGGACACAUGGCUGACGGUGAACAGGAUGGAACAGUCAAGGACCGAAUACAGAGGAGCUCUGCUCUGGAUGAAGGACGUUUCUCAGGAGCUCGACCCAGAUACACACAAGCAGAUGGAGAAGUUUCGUAAGGUUCAAACUCAGGUGCGUCAUACCAAGACAAGUUUUGACAAAUUGAAGAAUGAUGUGUGUCAGAAGGUUGAUCUGCUCGGAGCCAGUCGCUGUAAUCUGCUCUCACACGUCCUGACAACCUAUCAGACCACAUUGCUACAUUUCUGGGAGAAAACUUCUCACACUAUGGCUGCUAUUCAUGAGAGCUUCAAAGGCUGCCAGACUCAUGAGGUUUCAGCGCUGGGGGGUUCAGAUCAAGCUGCAAAGAAAAAGGUGAAGAAGAAAACAAAGGCAAAAGCAGAAGACGAGGAGACGAGUGAGAAUACAGAUGAAACGCUUAUUUCAAUUGAAGAAGAAACUCUGAGCAGUAACCUCAUGCAAACAGGAAAUGAUGACACUUUCUCUGGCGGUCAGGAGAAGGAUGGUUUGAGUUUGUUGAAUGAGAUUUUGGGCAGCAGUUCUCUGGAGGACGGGGGUUUCUCGCAGGAGUGGCGUGAGGUGUUUGGGGAAGAUGAUUCAGCCGGCACUAGCAGAGCGGAGACGCAGCUGCCUGAAGAGGAGCCUGCUUUCUUUCUGCCUUCCAAACUACUUGACCAGAACAUGAAUGAUCUGCAGUCCACAGUUUCAGGUUGGACAACAGCCAUUCCACAGAAUAUUCCUGAAAGCUCAUCUGUAGCGAGUCAAACUUCUUCCAAACCUGCAGUGAAAGAUACCUCAAAAGAUCUCUCUGCAUGGUUCAGUCUGUUUGCCGAUCUGGAUCCGCUGUCAAACCCGGAUGCGAUCGGCCGUACCGAUGAAGAACGUGAGCUCCUGAACGCUUAAAUCUGUCGUUACAGAUGCACUUUAUCGCUCUUGUCGCACAAUCGGCAGAUCGCCUGUACUGGACAGAUAUCAACACUGAUUUCUUUAUGCCAUAGCAGUUAACCUUAAAUAUUUCAAGAAUAAAUAUGUGCUGCCAAAGGAAACUAACAAUAAUCACUCUAGCCUUGAUUCCUUUUCCAUUGCUAGUAUUGUCAAGGCAGUUUGAUUUGCCAUAACAUUGUGGAUUUUCUUGUAUUACAUAAAUGUAUAUUAUGACUGACACAGCAUUAUUAGCAACGGUAAGUCGUUUGGGUUUGUAUAUUGUGAUAUUGCAUGAUUUUUAAUCAUUAUUUAUUUUUGAUGUUGCCUUGAUCAGUUAAAAGAAAUGGAGAGUAUUUUUGCAAAUGUCAUCUCAACUAGUCAAAGGAUGAAUUUUGUCUUACUUUAGUGCUGUCAACGAAAACUAAUGCUGCAUUUCAAAAGCCUUAAAUAUGACAGUCCAAUUUAUUUAUUUUAAUAAAAGUCAAUAUCUUAUGAAACUUAAGCUGAUGUGAAAAGCAAGGUGUACAUAUUUUUAAGAUGUUAUUUAUGGUUGUUAUUGAAUGCAACUGUAACUACUUUUACAGUCGUGGCUCUGGAAGUGAAUUUUUUUGGAAAAAAAAUGGUCAAACCCAGGUCUUAUGAAGUAAGCGUUUAUGUACAUGUUGGUUAAUUGUAUUUCUUAGUGCUGAAUGUGUUUGUGUGCCUGACAAAUAUCUUUAAAUAUGAUUACCUGGUUAUUACCUUUCAACAUACAUGUUGUUAACCGUGCAAUAAAAUGUAAUAAUAAUGUAAAUUCCACAUAACCCUUAAUACACAGUGAGACCAAAAGGUCUUACUGAAGUCGGUUCAUAUCAGUGCUUUAUUAAAGUAAAAUAUGCAUUGUAAUAAAUCAGAUCCCACUACAACAAAUAAUGUCAUAUAAUUUUCAAUAUUUUGUGUUGUACUCAUGUGUUUACAUUGCUUCCAUUUCUAAUAUGGCUGUAACCACAAAUGGCAUGCAAUGAAUAAAAACAGUUUAAUUUUA